CUGUUUCAUUCUUUGUCGCCUACUGAAAACGGUCUUUGGGUCUCUCUUCCAUCUACCACUAUGGCCUGCCUCCGCGGCCGUCUCGCCUCCAGAGUUCGGUCUCCGCCACCUCCGUAUACCUUACGCGAAACCCAUGCCGCCUUGCCGCAAAGUCCGUGAUUGCGGGUUGCCCUGCUGUCCUCUCUUUCUUCAGGGCCAAACUCACCUCAAUUCUUCCAUGGAGGACCAUGCUUUUGUGGUCAGCACGCCAACCCGAUUUUACUCCACACGCUACCCCUACCAAUUGUAGGGUGCGCUGGUGAAGGCAAGCGCCGAUGUUCAGAUUGGAAGAGGGAAAAAGCUCGGCGGCGACCAAGGAGGGGCGAAAGACCAGAAAGCAAAAGAAAAUCCACCGAGAGAUACUGUCUUGCAAAGGAACAAGUUUCGGCAACCAUUGUGGAGGGACCCAGGACAAGAAAAAGAAAGUGUUAAGGUGUACAAGCCUAUGAAAGUGGAAGGAGAUGCUCAAGAAUGUUCCGGAUGCUCUUAACGUCGUCACCGUUGACUAUCAUUAUGUGUUUGGAAGAAUAUGUUUGGGGAAAAGAGAGGGAUCCCCCUAAAGAUGAAAGACUGGUCCGAUUUCACAAAGAAGUGUGAAACAGGCCACAAAGAAGUUCCCUGGGACAUCCUCUAAUCUUUGCUGGGAAAGCCAUGGGGAAGAAUGAGCUGCAUGGUGGAUGCCAUGGUGAGGUGGACGUUGCAGCUUCAGCAGUAAUAUGCUUAGGGUGCCCACUUCAGGAUGGUUGCAAAAAAUAGGCUAUGCUAAACCAAGUACUUCCAGUAAUGAGCAGGUCACUAUUAGGUGCUGACUACGAAGUAAGUUCCCGCCUACUUAAAAUUUGAUGACUGAAUAUUAUAGCAGUGGAAGAAUGCGACCUUCGCCCUUUUCCCUUCAGUGUCAUCUUAACAUUCUGUUGGUUUUCCUAAAUUUUGAAAGAAAAUGUGUGUUAGGUUCAUGAUGCCUAAUUCUCGGCUGUAAAUUCAUCAUAGCUAUAAUGGGUUUCAAAUCAUGGGAGUGACCUGUAUUGAUUGAGUAGUUAGAUGAACUUGCAGCCUUUCUUUUGUCUAGAAUAUUUUGCGAUGUGUCUAUUUGGUCAUGCUUAGAGAUAUAAAUACAUCGGUCCAAAGAGAGGUUAAUCUAGAAUAGACUAAUACAUAUUUGAUAUUUGCACUGGUUGUUGAGGUUAACAAUUAACUUCCCGUCCCAUUUUAUGAAAUAGAUUAAUAUCUUAUGUUACUUUUGCUCUUUGUGCAAAAGCUUUACCAGUGCCACUAUAUGAUGCUGGAUGGGGAGGUACGUGGUUAAGGAGUUGGUGAAGGGAGACCUCUUCUCCUGCCAUCUCUACGGGUUUGACGUUUCCGAGAUGCAAAGGAGUUUACAAGGGCGGUGAAGCUGCACAAGGUAUACCGGAGUUGCAAGGUGACACGGUGGCUUGCUAAUUCCACUGUGGUUGUCGUCGAGCUUUGAUAAGAACUGCACCCAACCAAUCCACAUCCCUGUAAUUGUACACGCAACCUAAGUGUUUCUCUCCC